AUGGACUUCUCCGAGUACACCGGUCCUAGCGAUGAGUGGAUUGCCCUCGAGCGCAAUCUGCCCACCGAUGUCGCUGAUCUCAACCCCAACCAGCUCAAGGACACCGUCAACAAAUCCCGCGAGGACGCCGCAGCCCGUGAGAUGAUCGAGCAGGGCCUCUCCGCCAAAGUGACACUGCGCGACCACUCCAUCCCCACCCGCGACGGCAGCACCCUCGAAGCACGCAGUUACAGACCAGCAGGCGUAAACCCUUCUCAGCCCCUACCCAUCUACAUCCACCUGCAUGGCGGCGGCUUCAUCUUCGGCACAUUAGCAUCCGAGGACGCAACCUGCGCGCGAAUCGUCGCCUCCCUAGCCGAGCAAAACACGCCCGCCGUCGUCGUAAACGUCAACUACCGCCACACCCCAGAGCACGCCUACCCAACGGCCUGGAACGACGCCGAAGACGCCUUCCACUGGGUGCACGAGCACCUAUCCGAGAUCGGCGGCGACGGCGAGCGUCUCGUGCUAGGCGGGAUCUCCGCGGGCGCAUGGCUAACGGCCUCGACGACGCUCUCGCAAGCGACAGCCAGCAACAAAGAUCUUGCUGCGCGCCCCAAGAUCAAGGGACAAGUCCUGAUGGUUCCCCCGCUUACGCAUCCGGACUGCUAUGCGCCGCAGAUGGCGCAGAUCCAGGACCCGAGCGUGUCGAGUUACGUGCAGAACCGCGAUGCGCCGGUGCUGCCGUUUGCGAAAAUGCGGCUGUUUACGGCGUUGCUUAAGGUUCAAGGUGGGAAGGAGGUCGAGGGUGAUCUGAGGUUGAAUCCUGGGAAUGCGAAGGAUGAGGAUGUGAGGGGGUUGCCGCCGGCGACGUUUGGGGUUGCAGGAUUAGAUGUCCUUAGGGAUGAGGGAUUGUUGUAUGCAAAGCUGCUUGCUGAGAAUGGGGUCCCCACGCAAACGAAUGUUUUCAAGGGCGUGCCGCAUGGGUUCAGGCGGUAUGGGGAUCGGUUGUCUGUGAGCAAGAAGUGGGAUGAAGUUAUAGUCGAGGGCAUCAAGUGGGCAUUGAGUGAUCCUGUGCCGGGACCGUUUGAGAUCCAUGCCUUCUGA